UUUUUCUGUGCCAUGGGGAGAAGAGAGCACUGGCAGCAGAAUCAUGUCUGCCUCCGACUCGAGUGCUACAGGACUGAUCAACAAGGGUUCAGCCGAUUCCUACACUAGUCGACCCUCUGAUUCCGACCUGUCCCUGGAGGAAGACCAGGAGGCGUCUCGGCGUGAAGCCGAGCGCCAGGCUCAGCUGCAGCUAGAAAGAGCCAAGUCCAAGCCCGUAGCAUUUGCAGUGAAAACCAAUGUGAGUUACUGUGGGGCCCUUGAUGACGAUUGUCCAGUCCAAGGCGCGGCUAUUAACUUUGAAACCAAAGACUUUCUGCACAUAAAAGAGAAAUAUAACAAUGACUGGUGGAUUGGUCGGCUGGUGAAAGAAGGGGCAGACAUCACGUUCAUCCCAAGCCCUGUGAAACUGGAGGCCAUGAGAAUAAAACAAGAACAAAAAGCAGCUGCCAGGAAAGGAGGAAACGCAUCAUCGGGAGGCUGGAGGUCCACCCCUCCAUCUGCAGCCAAACAGAAGCAGAAACAGACGGAGCAUGUUCCUCCCUAUGACGUGGUUCCCUCCAUGAGGCCGGUGGUGCUGGUGGGCCCUUCACUGAAAGGCUACGAGGUGACCGACAUGAUGCAGAAAGCCUUGUUUGACUUCCUAAAGCACAGAUUUGACGGCAGGAUCACUAUUACACGGGUGACUGCUGAUCUGUCUCUAGCGAAGCGAUCGGUGCUGAACAAGAAGGCCAUAAUGGAGAGAUCCAACACUCGCUCUAGUCUGGCUGAGGUCCAAAGCGAGAUAGAGAGGAUCUUUGAGUUGGCAAAGUCUCUUCAGCUGGUCGUCCUGGAUGCAGAUACCAUCAACCAUCCAGCCCAGCUCCUCAAAACGUCUCUGGCUCCCAUCAUCGUCUAUGUUAAAGUCUCCUCACCCAAAGUUCUUCAGAGGCUGGUAAAGUCUCGAGGGAAGUCCCAAAGCAAGCACCUCAAUGUCCAGAUGAUGGCUGGGGACAAGCUGGCUCAGGUGUCUCCCGAGAUGUUUGAUGUAAUCCUGGAUGAGAAUCAGCUUGAAGAGGCAUGUGACCACCUAGCAGAGUACCUGGAAAUUUACUGGCGAGCUACACAUCUACCUUGUUCUGCCCCGAUUAACCCAAUACAGGACCAAAAUCUGGUCACCCCACCUUCAGCUAACUCCAGCCAGCAGUUUUCAGAGACUCAAGAGUUGAUAGAAUGAUCCCAGUCCCAGAUG